AUGGAGGCGGCAGGGCCCGAGCCCCGGGCGGCGGCGCGGCUGAAGGCGCCCCCGACCCCGGAGGAGGAGCGGGAGCGGCGGCGGGCGCGGCGGCGGCCACGGAGGAGAAUUGAGGAGGAGCAAGAAGAAGCAGUGUUUCAUGAUGUGGUCAGUUUUACCCCGGAUCCUCUGCCAGGUAGAUAUUAUGACAAGGACACCACCAAACCCGUCAGCUUUUACUUCUCUUCGCUGGAGGAACUCUUGGCGUGGACGCCCGGCAUGGAGGACAGCUUCAACGUGGCCCUGGAGCCCUCCGAGUGUCGGCAGCCGCCUCUGAGCAGCGAGAGGCCCCGGACCUUGCUGUGCCAUGACAUGAUGGGCGGGUACCUGGAUGACAAGUUUAUUCAGGGCGCGGCGGUGCACAACCCCUACUGCUUCUACCACUGGCAGUCUAUUGACAUCUUUGUGUACUUCAGCCACCACACGGUGACCAUCCCCCCUGUGGGCUGGACCAAUGCUGCCCACAGGCAUGGGGUCUGCGUGCUGGGGACCUUCAUCACCGAGUGGAAGGAAGGUGGGCGGCUCUGUGAAGCCUUUCUGGCCGGGGACGAGCGCUCCUACCAAGCCGUGGCUGAUCAGCUGGUCCUGAUUGCCCAGUUUUUCCGUUUCGAUGGCUGGCUGAUCAACAUCGAGAACUCUCUGAGCCUGGCUGCAGUGGGGAACAUGCCCCAUUUCCUCCGGUACCUGACCGCUCGGCUCCAUGAGCAGGUCCCCAGAGGCUUGGUGCUCUGGUACGACAGUGUGGUGAGCAGUGGCCAGCUCAAGUGGCAGGACGAACUAAACCAGCACAACCGGGUCUUCUUCGACUCCUGCGACGGCUUCUUCACCAACUAUAACUGGCGGGAGGAGCACCUAGAGCGGAUGCUGGGGCAGGCCGGGCAGCGCCGGGCGGACGUGUACGUGGGAGUGGACGUGUUCGCCCGUGGCAAGGUCGUGGGAGGCCAGUUCGACACGUACAAGUCGCUGGAGCUGAUCCGGAAGCAUGGGUUCUCGGCGGCUCUCUUUGCACCUGGCUGGGUGUACGAGUGUUUGGAAAAGAAGGAUUUCUUCCAGAACCAGGACAAGUUCUGGGCUUUGCUGGAACGCUACCUGCCCACACACAGCAUCUGCUCUUUGCCCUUUGUCACUUCUUUCUGCCUGGGCAUGGGCACGCGAAGAGUGCGCUACGGCCAGGAGGAGGCGGAGGGGCCCUGGUACCACCCAAGCGCCCAGGAGAUCCAGCCGCUGUUCGCAGAGCACAGGCUGGAGGGGGCCGGGCGGGGCUGGGUGAAGACGCACUGCUGCCUGGCGGACGCCUGGAACGGGGGCAGCUCCCUGCUCGUCCGCGGGCUGAUUCCACGCGAGCAGGACCACGUGGCUGUGAGGUUAUUCUCUCUGCAGGUCCCCGUGCCUCCCCAGAUUUUCCUGUCCUUGGUGUACAAGCUAGAAGGGGCUUCGAAUGUCGGGGUGGCACUGGAGCUCACCACAGGGGAUGCGGGUAGCUGCCACGUCGGCAGCAUCUCGACGUUGAAUGAGACAAGCUCGAGGCACAGUCCCCGACCCCUCCGGGUGCCCCCCACCAAGCUGGCCCGAUGGGUGCACCGCUGCAGCCAGCAGCUCCGUGGGGGCUGGGUCCAGCGCUGCUACAAGGUGAACCUGCGCGACUGCCUCCUGCGAGACCUCUUCGUUAGCUUCGCCCGGCCUCCAGGCAGCCGGGAGGAGGAGAGCUUCGUCUGCCGCCUCGGCGAGGUCCAGGUGGUGGAUGCCAAGAGCCUGCUCGCCCCGCUGCCCCGGGUGCAGGCCGUCACCGUGUCCCACGUGCGCUGGCAGCGAGCCACCCCUGAGGAGGAGGGUUCCCCUGCUCGGCUCCGGCUUGGCUGCACCCUGCACUGGUCCUACCUCCUCUCCCCCAUCCGAUGCUUCCGGAUCCACUGCUGCGUGGGGACUGGCGGUGGCGCUCUUGGCGGGGGGCCGUCGGGGCCGGAGCAGCCCGCGCUACUGGGCCUGGCAUUUGUCAACCAGUAUCGGAUAGUGGACCUGGUGGUGGCGGCCGCGGGGCCCAGCGGGGACGGCCGCGUGGAGUUCCUGGUGGAGCCUGUCCCCAAGGAGGGGUUUCUGGUGCCACGGGCGGAAUGGGGCAGGGCGGCCCUGCUCUACUCCAUGCCCCGCACGGAUGGGGCGUUAUGAGCGGAGCGGGCACGAAACCCAGAGGCUCCUGCCUCAAGGCUCCGGCUACUGCGGCACAGUGCAGGAGGCCCCAUGCGUGGGAGGCCCCACGCGCAGGAGGCCAGGAUUGGGGCUUUGUCGUCGUGGACGUUGGUCAUAGGAAAACCAAGAAAGUGUGUUUGCCGGGCUGGUAACUUCCUGAGGUUAA